GGCAAACAUGGCGCCGGCCCGAGAAAAAGUGGCGGAAGGAAGAGCGAAGAAGGCGAAACCGGCGGCCGCACCGGACGGCCUGGCUGUGGUGCGGGCUCUGGCCGCGGAGACCGUGCUAGGGUUCAUCUUCUGGUCUCUGCUGCACGGGUUCGGGCCGAUGAUCUGGUUCUACCCGCUGAACGAGCUGGAGAUAUCGGGUUACGAGGCGUUCGUGCUGGCGGCCUUCACUCCGGCGCUGGCGGGAGUCGGUGCGGUGUUCCAUGCGGUGCAGACACGGUGGGGCCUGGCGCUGCUCCGUGCCGUGACCGUCGGCUGCGUUGCGUCGUUCCAGGCCCCCUCCACGCUCGCCCGGCUGGUCGUGCUGGCCAUGGGGAACGCUGCCGCCAUGCUCGUCUUCGUCGGGACGCUGUGGAACAAAUCCAACUUUCAGAGGACAGUGUCGUUCUGGGGCCUGAUGCUGGGGUUCUUCGCGCUGCUGGCAGGUCGGGUCUGGUACACAUCUCUCAGCCCUGCCUGGGCAGACAUCACCACUAACAGUGUCGUCCUGGCUGUGGGGGCAGUGGCUAUAGUGGACAGGGCACUGGCAGAUGAUUAUGAGAACCCAGGGAAGGAUGACCCACGCCCCACCCAGCGUCCCAGCUGGGUUCUGGUGUCCGUGGGUUUUGGCAGUCUGCUGUUCCUGACCCAGGCGAUCUACGGGGAGGUGUCUGUCGUGUCUCGCUGGGUCGUGACGGGAUAUCCCGACCCGGGGCCUGCACCGAACCCAUGGGGGAGUCUGGUGCUGCUGGGAUUGGCCAACGGGCUGCUGCUGUCCUCGUCUGAUUGGCUGACGGGCAGCCCCCUGUGGUUCCUGGCUGGAGGGAUAGGUGGCGCUGCUGCAAUCCAGUUCCUCCCCACCUACCAGGGGUUUCUGGGUGGCGUUCUCCUGGCUGUUUACACCACGUCCAUCUGGCCUCAGAUGAGCGAUCGCCUGGUCCUGUGCCCCCCCGCCAGGACAAUGGUACUGACCCUGGCGGUGUAUCUGGUAGAGAUGUUCGGCAUGGUCUGGUGCACGGCGUACAACUUUGUGCCUCUUGGAGAGUAUACAAGAGAGAGAACCUACAUCCUGCUGGCCUUCUCCAUACUGUGUAUAGGAGCCACCAUGCACCUGACCAGACCUGGAGCCUCCAGUCUCGCCUUCCUCAACAUCAACUCAGCAGGACCACACAACCUCUUCAAGAAGUUUGUUGGGCCAUUUUUGUCCAUAGUUGUUAUCGGAGGUCUGGGAGGAUUUGUGUGGAGAUACAACCCAGAACCGUUCAACCACCCGCCUAAGAGUGAUCCUAAAGAGUUCACAGGUUUGAUCUGGACGUUCCACUUUGGGUACGACAACCGCGGCUGGCCCAGCUUUGAGAGAGCCGCUAAGAUGCUGAAUGAAACUGGUACAAAACUUCUUCUUUCUUCUCUUAUUUUCUUUCAUGCCAAUCCAACAUUUCACCCCUCUGUGUGCAGGAACCUGCUUCUGUCAAAGUAUCCUAUCAUGAAGUCUCGGCACCACAUGCUGCCCUCCCCCCACGGCGAGUUGGCGCCGGCCAUUAGUGCUACAAUCAACAUCUCAGGCAGCCUGGUGGACUUUAUCACUACACACAUGGGGAACGACAGGGACAACCUGGACAGGAAACUACAGGCAGAGUUCCUGUCAGAAAUAGCAAAAAACAGCGGCAACCCUGUGGUGUUCCUUGGUUACGUGACGUCAUCGCCUGGCAGCAGGGACUACAGGAAACUCCUCAACAACGGGGGGAUGAAGGACAUAGACUCGACAGACAGGGAUCGUUGGUGUGAGUAUAUCAUGUAUAAGAAGCUGAUCAGGCUCGGCUACGCUCGUGUCUCCCACGGAGGUCUGAGCGACACGGAAGUUCAGAUGGCCAAGUUCAGGAUCCCGUCGGAUGUGAAGGACUACCAGGACAACGACAAACUCACGACUAACUCUGCAGAGGUGGAGCCACGGAUUCGGUUCACUGACAGGUUUGGGUCAUUUUUCCGUGGUCACAGCUACUCCAGCGACCAUCAUUACCACAUGGACACUCCUAAGUACUUUCUACCUUAGCUUCAAGUAUGUCUUAUCCUAGACACCCAGGUAUUUUUUUCUUACGUUGACGAUGAAGGUUAGACAUCCAGGUUAUAAGAUACGCCAUACGCUUUUUGGCAUAUUU